GUAUCGAUGGGGAAGAAAAGGAAGUCAGUAGCGUCAAGGCUUGAUGAAGUGGAUCGAACCAUGUAUUCCACUUUUUGUAGCGCUGCUAAUUCGCUAUCACAGCUUUAUACACAGGCUAUGAAUCAACAGAAACUUUCUUUUCUUUCUGGUGAACGCCAUGGAAUGGAAAAAAUGUAUCAAUGGAUCUUGAGGCAACAGGAGGGCGGAUCCAGAGUAACAACUGUUGACAUAAUGAACUACCUGCAGUCUGAAUUGGAUUGUAAUGGAGAGGACCAGUCGAUGUCACCUAGGCCACCACCUCAACAUCAGCAUGCCCAACAGUUGCAUUUUGCAAACUCAGGCCUCCAGGUGUCUUCAGGUCCAAUUGGCGUAGCAGCUCCAGGACAUGGCUUACGAUCUGAUCAUGAUCAGCAACCAAAGAAUAAUGUUUUCUCGAAUGCUCUUUCAAGCCCUGUUCGCCGAAGCCUACAAAAUUAUCACAUUGCUCAAGGGGGUCACUUUUCGAACAAUGCUCAACCUCCCAAUGGUACAAGACACAAUGAAACUAACUCCCAACACCAAAAUAGAGAUUCUAAUAGUUAUAACUCUGCCGAUGCAUCUAUGGAUAUGCAUUCCGAUAGUCCAGGUCACGACUCUACUUACUGAUGAAGUAAUGUUUUGGAAGCUGCCUUUUGUCAUGCCAGGGUGUUCAUACUGCAAGUUCAGGUAAGUUAUGUAUACUGUCGUGCAGGUGUUAAAGGUGAAAAAGCAGAUUAUGAAAUUGGCUGCGUGAUGAUAAGACGAGAAGUGUCCAGACAUCGAUAUCAUUGUGCACAUGCUCAUAGAUGAGAGCACCAUACCUUUUGAAGACCAGCUAGUUUUAUUUUGGAUCUUUUGUGAUAUUUGUGAAUUGUUUCAUUAGUUACCAAACUAUGUGAUUUGGUGUGGUGUUGGUUC